AUGGCUUAUGAUCGCACAGGGUCAAGGCACCUGGCCUACCACUUGCGUCCAGGAAACCCUAGAAGGUCUAGGGUGGGAAAACAAGCUCUUGAAAGUCUCGCUCCUCAUGCCGCAAAGCUCUCAACACAUUUGUCAGGAAAUUAUGUCCUGCAAAAGCUGUUUGACUAUGCGAGUAAUUUGAGGAAUGAGGUGGUUCAUGGGGAGUGUGGCUUCACCUCCAUUGUGCGCUUUUUGACCCGUGACAAGGGACUGGUGACUUCUUCAAAAGAUCAGCGGGGUACCUUUACAAUUCAGAAAAUGCUUGUGUGCCUCUAUGGAGCUCAAGAAAUGAAGAUGGUUAUGGAAAGCAUUAAAGGAAGCAUUCUUUCAAUGGUGAUGGACCAGUAUGCGGUUUAUGUUAUUGAAAGAAUCGCUGAAAUAUGCAUUUGCUCCUUACGCCCGCCUAUGGGAAUGAAAGCACGAAUUCCACCAUCCUUAGCAUUCACUUCUUUAGCACAAAUCUGUGCGGAGCUUGGUAAAGAUCAAGAAACGUCAGUUUAUGUUGGACAACAUGGGCUGGCAUCACUGCUUCUAAUUGAGAGUAUUCGCUGGUCACUGCCUUCAAGGCACGCGAUUGCUGCUGCUCUGAAUAUGGCGAGUGGUGGUAAUAAGCUCUUGAAGACCCGCGCUGGAGUUCGCUCCAUGCAAGGCCUCUUAAGCUUGGAUCUGGUGGAAGUAGCCGAGACUAUGCUGGGGUCAAUGUCUGGCUGCUUUUCAGACAUGGCUUGUGAUACCUCCCCGCUACAGAGUGGGCGGCUGCUUCGAGCGUGUCUUGCAACACCAUCUUUACCAUCAGCAUCACGGGCAAGAAUUGUUGAUGAACUUCUCGAGGCAGCUGCACAUGUUUCAUAUUUUUCCAAGUCCGAACAAGCCCUGGAAAUUCUGUGUUUUGGCCUGAGCAUCCUUCCUGACGACAUGUUGAAUGUGAGGGUCGACCGAGUGUCAAGCCUGCUAAGUUCGCAAGCAUUUCAUCAUCUUCUGACGACCCUUGAGUACAUGAGAAAAACCUACUACACAGAACCCACUCAACUCCUUGCCUACAUCGUAUCAGCCGCCGCUCUCUCAAGGGGUCAGUUCUUUUCAUCCAUCGCCGCAAGGAGUUCAGACUAA